AAGUCAUUUUAGCCACAUGAAAUUUUAUUUUAGAUGCUCCCCAAACACUACUAAUCAUUUUAGCACCUAAAAUAUGUUAGCACUUUAUCAUCUAAGCUAGCUAAAAUGCUUCCCCAAACAGAGCAAAUAUGAGAAACCUCACUAUAUAUAUACUCGUCAUUAUCACAAAUCUAGUAGUUUGUAUGGUUCCUUUGUAAAUGAUACUAAGCUUUGAGGGUUCUUUAGGUUGAAUUACGAACAACUCUUUCUAUUUAUUAAAAAAAUUUAUACACUUUUUUUUUUAAUUUGCAUAUGAACGUUGCUUUUAUUUUUGAUAACAUGUCUUACUUUCACAUUUUUUACCACCAUGUGGUAUACUUUUAAUAUAAUAACCAACCUUUUAAUCUCGUUCUCUACCUUUUAGUUUAUCUCCUUAUUUUUCAAUUUCUCUCUCACACUUUUAGACUUUCUCUUUGGUUCUCCCCUAAAGUGAAGUAAGUAAAUUCAAAAUAAACUAAUAGAGUCUAACUAAUAGAAACAGCAAUAAUACCCCAUCUAAUGACUAUAUGAAGAAUCCUUAAAAAAUCCUAUAAGUGCUAUAUACAGCAAAAAAAAACUAAAUAUAGUAAAAAAGAAUAAAAGACUAACCUACCCCUUAUGAGAGGGUCGUAAUCAUACUAAAUCGUAAACAUAAUAGGGGGGUCAUCUCGUACGGGAAUCAUGUAGGACAAAUGACUCUCUAAUUUGAAAAAGAAAAAAAAUAAUUUCUUAUUAUAUUUUGAAUAGACAAUAAAUUUGAAAUUACACAAUUGAUUAUUCACCGAACUAAUAUCAUUAUUAUUGUAAUCCGAAAAAGAAAUAAUCAGCUAAUAUUGUAAUAUGCUAUGAUAUGUUGGUAAUUUUAUAUAUUAUUGUUAUACUAUAAUGGGUUAGUUAUAUACAAUAAAUAUCUAAGAAGUUAUAAAAGCAUCUCAUAUUUCUUUUAACUUACAAUAUAAAAAAAAAAAAAGUAAAAUUAACCAAACAUAAUUAAAUUCUAUAAAAUAUUAAAGUUUAUAUUUAGUUUUUUUUUUUUAAUGUUGUAUUUUAGUACACUCCAAAAUCCUAACAAAUAGGUCCCACAGUGUUCACCCACUCCUCAUCUCCCACGUGUCCACCAAAAAUAACAAUCCACUCCCUUCCCACGUGCAGUAAAAAAUUACUAUAUCCCAAAUUCCCAAUGGUACAAAAACUGAAUAUUUCAGUAUUUCAGCGAAAAAAAAACAGCAUAUUUUCAUAUUUGAGCAUCUUCAUCUCUCGAUUCUCAGCAUCUCCCAUUCUCUCUCCUCUUUUCCCUCCCUUUUAAAUAAACUUCUCCUCUCUCUCUCUCUCCUCCAUCACUCACUUCUCCUACCUCAACCAACCCCCAUUUUUUCCAUUAAACAACUCAAUCACAACAACAAUGAACGGUCUAGAUUCACCCUUAGAAGCCUUAGCUUUCAUCCCACUUAAUCUAGGCCCUUUAUUCUCCGCCGCAAUAAUCAACCUCUGGACUUGGCUCGCCGUCUUCACCGCCGCUUUCAGCUUUUGGCGCCUCCGUCUCUCUUCCCCUAAAUCCCACAUUUCUCUCUCUCCUCCUAAACCAAACCCACCUCCUAACACCACGACGUCGUUUCUUUUCGAGGAGAGAGAAAAUGUAGAACAACAUCAUGAUGAUGAACAAGAACAACAACAAGAAGGAGAAGGAGAUGGUGUUGUGUUGACGAGAGGGAACAGUAAGAAGUUCUUUACUUCCUAUUACAAGGAGAGAGAACAUGAUGAUGGUGAUGAUGAUGAUCAUCAUGAUGAUGAUGGUAAUGUUCAUGAUCAUGAUGAUCAUGAUGAUGAUGAUGUGAUGGAUGGUGGAGAUGAAGUUGAAGGUGAUCAAUGUGUAAUGAUAAAGAAAUGGGGAUCUUCUGAAUUUACUGUAGAUUUUGGAUGGUAUAAUUACCAAAAUAGGAAUGUUAUAGAUGGAAGUGUGGUGAGAUUAUGGGAAGAGGAGAGAGAAAGUAGUUCUCCUCGGAGUUGUCGAAGGUCAAUUAGGGUUACGUUACGCCGUUGAUGAAUGAAUGAUCAUCUUUAUUAGUUUGGUUAUUGGUGGGUUUAAUCAUUCAUUAUGAUUCUCCAACUAGUAUUAAUUAACUAGAAUUUUGUAAUUGUACAAACAUUAUUAUUUCAUAACUAAGGGAAAGGGAGUAUUAUUACUUUAUUAGUACUAUAGUUAUUGCUCCUUUUUUUUGUUGUUUGGUUGUUGAAGAGUUGUUAUUAACUUCAUUACUACAAUUCAUAAUGAAAUUGUACUACAUUUGGGUACAUGUAUUGUUCAUUAAGGGAUUUGUUUACCAUAAAUUUGGUACUAGUGUUGUGUAGGUGUAUCUCUUCAAGUUUCUUUUUAGUUGCAAUUUGUAUUAUGUUUAUAUUAAGUUUUAUAAUAAUAAACUUCGCACAUUUACAAUA